AACUACAAAUCCUCUGCCUCCUAUCUGUGAUUGAACUACAAGUCCCUUGUCUCCUAUCUCUCCGGUCGUCAGGCUGGGUAGUGUGUGCUUUUGAACGUCAGGGCGAGCGGGAGUGUGUCACUCGACUGGAUUCAACAAGCACAGAAGUGUUGUGGUGUUCCCAUGGCGACAGACAUUGUUGCACAGUUGGCUGACUCUCUGGCCAAGACUGGAGUAGAGGAUGGAGAGCUUAGCUACAAAGGCCAGGGAAGAAAGCUGGAUGAUGCCCAAUCAGUGGAGGAGAUAGUGAAGGAUAUCCAGGACUUUGAGGGUUUACAGGCUCUGAGGUUGGAGGGAAACACUGUAGGUGUGGCAGCAGCACAGGCCAUCGCCAAAGCCCUAGAGACAAAGAGCGAGUUCAAGCGCUGUUACUGGAGUGACAUGUUCACAGGCCGCCUGCGCUCCGAGAUCCCUCCUGCUCUGAAUUCACUGGGCGACGCGCUGAUGCUCGCGGGCGCCAAGCUGACUGUUUUAGACCUCAGUGACAACGCCUUUGGACCAGAUGGGGUGAAAGGCAUCGAGAGGUUGCUGAAGAGCAACGCUUGCUACACAUUGCAGGAGCUGCGGCUCAACAACUGUGGCAUGGGCAUCGGAGGUGGGAAAAUAUUGGCUGCUGCAUUGACCGAUUGCCAUAAAAAGUCUAGUGCAGACGGCGCCCCCCUCAGCCUGAAGGUGUUUGUUGCAGGGAGGAACCGACUGGAGAACGAUGGAGCUACUGCCCUCGCACAAGCCUUCCAGUUGAUGGGCAGCCUGGAGGAGGUUCAUAUGCCCCAGAAUGGCAUCAAUCAUCCCGGUGUGACAGCCCUGGCCACGGCAAUGCAGCACAACCCAAACCUCCGCAUCCUCAACCUCAACGACAACACCUUCACUGAGAAGGGGGCUACCGCCAUGGCUCAGGCCCUGAAACACCUACGCAGCAUCCAGGUGAUAAACUUUGGGGACUGCCUGGUGCGGCCAGCUGGAGCCACAGCUAUUGCAAAAACUGUAUCAGAGGGACUACCAAUCCUGAAGGAGCUCAAUCUGUCAUUCGGUGAGAUUACAGAGGAAGCUGCUCUGGCUGUGGCACAAGCGGUGAAGGACAAAGACCAGCUGGAGAAACUGGACCUAAAUGGUAACUGUCUGGGAGAAGAUGGCUGCAAAGCUCUGAAAGACGCCCUGGAAGGCAUCAACAAGGCCGAGCUUCUAGGAUCACUCAGUGACGAUGAAGGUGAACCAGAAGACGAUGACGAGGACGACGAUGAGGAAGAGGAUGACGAUGAUGAGGAGGUGGAUGAGGAGGAGGUAGAGGAGGAAGAGGAAGAAGAGGAGGAAGAGGAAAGCAGCAACAAGUUGUCCACUCCUGUAUCAGCACCCCGGCCGCCGGAUGUCUCCUCCUUCCUCAGCUUUCCAUCUCCAGACAAACUGCUCAAACUGGGGGCCAAGAGAGCGUUGCUGAUCGAGCAGCAGGUGGAUGUGACAGAUGCUGCAAAAACAGCUGAAGCCUUCCUCAAGAUUGCAUCAGUGUACAAGGAGGAGAAUAAUGAUGUUAAGAAUGCAGUGUUGGACAGUAUCGAUGCUCUUCUGAAGAAAGCUUUUUCCACUCCUUCUUUCCAAGGCUACAGCUUUGUAUCAUCUUUGUUAGUGCUGCUCGGACUUCUUAAGAGUGAGGACAAGGUGAAGCCUGUGCUCGUGGUUCCCGGCCACCUCCAGGCCUUGGAGCACGUCGUACGACAGGACUACUUCCCCAAAGAGAGCGUGGCUGUGCUGGAGGCCUUCAUGUCCCGAAACAACAAGGCCCUGGACUCAUGUUAUAAUGCCAGAAACAACCUCCAGUCAACACUGCAGAGAGUCAGGUCUGAGAGCUGAGGACUGUGGAUACACACACACACAUACAUACAGACUGAAUCUUGACUGAUGGACCUUUUGGAAAACAGCACACAUGGGCCCUCAUUUGAAGCAAAUGGAGCAGAGCAGCACUUGAAAAGAACAGAACACACAGUCAGGUGCACCUCGCUGCAUCACCGCUGACUUCUUCACAAGUUCAGCGACACACCUUAUUCUGGACUCUGGAUGGAUUUGAAUGCUUUGUUUUGAAGUAGAUUAUGCUCUUAUGGUGUGGACUAACUGAGUAGCUUCAUGUACACUCGUAUAACUACAGGACAGCACUGACGACUUUGUUCCUCACCUUCGUCGUAAGGAACGCCUUCAUUCCCCACAUAAUCUAAAAUGUGUGUGUUGUCUGUGACUGAAGCACAGAUUACACUCUGAUGCACAUUAGAUCAAAUCAUGUCAGUGUUUCCUCUGAUCAGGACUGAUUUGGGCUCGAUGCAUCAGCUAUUGUACAUUUUCUAUUUCAUAUUUACCUUUUACUAUUCAGCUGUUUUAUAUUAAAUGUUUAUUAAAUUCAUGAAUAUGGUCAAAUAUGUUAUUAAAAUAUCUAUUGACUGGUAAAUAUUAUGAAAUUAGGACUGUAAAGUACAGUAGAACAGUUAAAAGGGAUGAAAUGUAUUUUCUGCUGUUAACGAGACACAAACCGCAGGUUUUUUGGGUUUGCGUUGCAAAAAUAAAGAUAAUUUGAGUGUUGGA